GUACUUCCAAUAAUACAAAUAUCGUACUCGUAUUAGGCUCAGUCGGAUUAUAUAAAUACCGUUUAACCAAAGCCACACUCAAUUCUGUAGUUUACAACGCAAAGAAUUUUCAAAAACUAGGAAAUUAUAGAACGUUGACGACUCGCUGUUGAUCGAACAAGUGCACGUAAACGUCGCCUGAACAAUUUCCUCCGUCUCUCCCGGCGUAUCUGCAUAGAUCACUCUUCUCUGGAUGGAGAUAGAACAGGAGUUAGAAUGGGCCGAGGCGCAGAAGAUCGCUGUAAGUGAAGACCUUGUCUCUGUGGCCAAACGGCAGCUAGAAUUUCUUGCAGCCGUGGAUAGGAACCGUUGGCUCUACGAAGACCCCGCUCUACAAAGAGCCAUCUAUAGGUACAACAUUUGUUGGCUUCCCUUGCUUGCAAAGCAUUCCGAGUCUCAGAUCGCAAAAGGACCUUUGGUUGUUCCUCUUGAUUGCGAAUGGGUCUGGCAUUGUCACAGACUCAAUCCAGUUAGGUACAAAUCCGACUGUGAGGAAUUUUAUGGAAGGGUUCUUGACAAUCAAAAUGUUGUAUCAUCUGUUCACGGGACUUCAAGAUUGGAAACAGAAGAAAUUUGGAACAAACUGUAUCCAAAUGAGCCCUACAACUUCAACUUGACUAAAGAUCUCAGAGAUGAUAUCUCUGAAAAAGUUCCUGCAGCUGAAAAGUACACCAAGUACGAUCUGGUUUCAGCUGUUAAAAGACAGAUUCCAUUCUUUUACCAGGUAUCCAGACCCCAUAUAAACAAUGAUCACUUUCUUGAAGCAGCUGUGGCCAGAUAUAAAGGGUUUUUGCAUCUAAUCAAUAGAAACAGGGAGAGAUCCAUAAAACGUUUCUGUGUUCCAACUUAUGACAUUGACCUUAUAUGGCACUCUCACCAGUUGCAUCCUGUUUCUUACCGUAAAGACCUGGUAGAUUUACUUGGCAAGGUAUUAGAGCAUGAUGACACUGACUCGGACAGAACGAAAGGAAAGAAGCUUGAUUGUGGAUUUUCUGAAACUACCAAGCAAUGGGAGGAGACAUUUGGUUCAAGAUAUUGGAGGGCAGGGGCAAUGCACAGAGGCAGUGCCCCGUCUCCUGUUGCAACCACUCCUUGCACCCCUAACAUUGAUACCAAGAUGGUAGUUGCGUCCAACAAGUACCAAAAAGCAAUACAUGUUUCUGUGGUGAAGGUUGUGGAGGUGAUGUUGGAAAUUGUGGGAAUCCGAAACUUACCAGAGGGACACAAGGGUAGCCUCUUUGUCUCAUUUAGUAAGACACAGCCUGAUACAUUCUUCAAUGCCCGAAGGAAACUCAGUAUUUUUUCCGAGUCUGGAGAGAAACGGGUUGCUUCUUUCCAAUGUCAGCCUACUGGACAUCUUCUUUUUGAAGUUCUCUCCCUCUCACCUUCCAAUUUACCAAUAUUAAGGCCAGCCAAAACUAUAGGUUCCACUCGUCUUUCUCUGGAGGAUAUGCUGGCCCCAGUCCCUAAUCUCUCUGUGGAAAAAUGGUUAGAGUUAGUGCCUAGCUCUGGCACUGUGAGCUCUAAGCCAAUAUAUCUACGAGUUGCAAUCUCAAUUACUAUUCCAUCUCCAGCAGCAAAUGUGCUUUAUAUGGUCCGUUCUCGGCCUUUCCUAAAAAAUUCUUGUUUUUUUCCACUUCCUAAAAGAGUUCAAACCACUAAGAGUUGGACACGUGUUAUUGAUGAAGCUGGCAAUGAGGUCAUCAGCCUCCAAUUGAGAGAUUUUAAAAAGGCAAAGGAGGAAAACAACAGUAUUUCAAGGAAAGAGGUGAUUGGUAUCACAAAAUCUGGUGAAACAUGCACUCUCGCUGAAUUUGUAGGAACAGAGUGGUCUUUGAUAGAUUCUCAAUGGUCACUUCAGCUUCAGGAAAACUUCAAUAAAGAUGGCCACCUUUUUGAGCUGAUGGGCCCUCGGAUGGUGAAGUUAUUCCAUGGUAGAAAACUGGAAUACGAACCCAAGCACUGUGAGAAGCGGACAAAUGAACGUGACUUCUUGACGGUAGUUGAAUUCUCGGUGGAAAACCCUUAUGGCAAAGCAGUGGCAUUGCUCAACUUAAAGUCUGGAGUUUUCAAGGUAACUGAAGAAUGGCUGGUGUUGCCUGGGAUCACAUUGGCUUUUAUUCUUUCAGAUAUUUUGAGGAAGGAGGGAUACAAAGGCCUCACUGUUAAUGGAGAGAAUUUUAAAAGAAGUGAUCAUUUGAUUCAAGAAGGGGGGAAAAAUACCAAUUUGACUAUUGCCGUAGAGAAGGAAGUGGUGGUGAACAUGGAAUUGGUUAACGGAAAUGCGUUGAUAUCAGAAAAAGGCAGCGCCUGCAGUGGAGGCUGUGGUGGAGGGUGCGGCAGUGGUUGUGGAAAUGCAGCAAGUGCCGGUGGUUGUGGUGGGUGUGGUAGUGGUUGUGGUGGUUGUGGUGUUGCAUCUGGAAAUACGUUGGAAAGUGGUGGUUGUGGUGGGUGUGGUAGUGGUUGUGGCAGUGGUUGUGGUGGUGGGUGUGGAAAUAUGAAGAAUAGUGGCUGUGGCAGUGGUUGCGGUGGUUGUGGUGCGGGCUGUGGAGGUAGAUUGGCAGAUGAAAACAGUACUGCUAAUUCUUGCAUUGCUGAACACCAAAAGGAAGCACCCGCCCAAGUGAAUGAUGCUUUACUCGCUUAGUGUGGUGUGUAUAUGUUUGUACUCCUGCAAUUUCAAGUUUGUCUUGUGUUGAUAAAAUGUUGUUCAAUUGACUAAUUCUGUUUUCUUUGGUUGAUUUGGUUUUGUUGUAUCAUAUGUUGGGUGGUGGUUUUGUUUCUAUUAAAUCUGUAUAUUUUAUAUACUUCUCAUGUGAAAUAUUAUAGGGUUGUAUCACAAUUUUAAUCAAACUAGAAGUAUUCGCCA